AUGCAGCAAGCCGUGGGAAGGGAAGGCGCUGCGUCGCCGGGCCCUACGCAUUUCUCGCCCCAGCAAAUGAACCCCGUCGCCGAUGUCGAUGCCCGCCCAUCGACUUCCCACGACGAGCCCAAGAUGCAUUCGCGCAGAACGUCCAAGAUGAGCAUAGACGAAAUCAUCCAGGGACCAGGAAGAGCACUGGUACAGCCUCCGCGAGGCCGGGACACGACAGAUUCGUCGACUCGGUCAAGAACACCCAGCGUGCAGUACCGCGAGAGCGAGCAAAGGCAGACGGAGCAGGAGGAAGCACGCGCAGUCAGGAUAGCUAUGGAAGAGUUGGAGCUAGCACAGGAAGAGAAGCUUUUCGACGCUGCUCGUGACGAGGCGGCAGAGCUUGUUUACAAACACCGCAACCCAGACGCACCUGGGAAAGGUCCAACCACGCCAUAUGCUUAUCCCGGACUUGCAAAGUCCUCGGGUCUCAACACGUCGCCCACAAAAGAGGACUUUGAUUCAAAGGACAAGGCUACUGAGUCUUCGUCCCUGAGGAAGGCUAUUUCAGAUCUGCCCAGCUUCGGUUCAAGACGCAAGAGCAGUGGGUCUCGACGCAAGAUUAGUGGAAGCUUGUUCAGCAAUCCAAAUGACCAGAUCUACGAAGAGCCGGAGGAGGACAGUCCAGCAAAGCCUAAGGCUGUGCCUGCUGCAACUGAGCCGCCCAAGUCUGAGAAGCUACCUCUGGGAAUUCGACGCAACCCAUUCAUGCGGUUUCAGUCGGUCAAGGGCAACCCUAUGAUCCGCUCAAACACGGAUCCUGUGCUGGGCAACAAGAACUUCGACCGCUAUGAGAUCCAGAAGAACCCGCCUACUCAAUCGCGCAACGCUGCCUACACUCUGAACCCCUCUGUCGUCACGAAGCCAGCUGAACCCGUCAAGGCUGAUGCUGAGAAUGAGCCUGAGAUCAAGAUGAAGGACGGCAAGGAGAUUCGGAGUGACGACCUCCGCGCUGCUACUGGGUUCCGUCUCCGAGACCGUAGCCCUCACUUGCCAACACCAACCAUGGUCUCUGACAGUCCGGGACGACCCAUUGUUUCUUUCAAGAAGGGCUACAACGAGAUCGAACUCAAGGAAGAUGUAGGACGCGGUGGAAGUGUGCCUUCUAUCUCAGUGACCCCUGAGAUUCCGUCCAUCUCUGUCAACGCAGCUCCUGUACCAGCUCGAGGACCCACAAUCAAUGCACCAUCUAUCUCGGUCACUCCUACCGUACCUUCAAUCAAUGUCAAUGGCUCGACCGGAUCAACACGCCCGCUGCCUGAUCCGAAGCAUCACUCUUCUCGACCAUUUGGCCGCGGCGGUGCUACAACCAACACACGGGGUCACUGGACGCCCACUAACGUCCGUACCGGCGCUCUCUGCACACAAUGCGCCCUGCCUAUCGCUGGCCGCAUCGUCUCCGCAGCCGGCUCACGCUUCCACCCCGAAUGCUUCGCCUGCUACCAGUGCGGCGAGCACCUCGAGUGCGUCGCCUUCUAUCCCGAGCCAGAAAACAAGCUCGCAGAGCGCAUCGCCCGCAUCCACGCCCGCCAACGCGGCGAAGACAUUCCCUAUCUCCCCACACACCCCACGCCCGACGACAUGGCGCGUCUCGAGCACCAAGACGGCACCGAUGAAUCCCAGCGCUUCUUCUGUCAUCUCGACUUCCACGAGAUGUUUUCUCCGCGCUGCAAGAGCUGCAAAACGCCCAUCGAAGGCGAGGUCAUCGUCGCCUGUGGCGCGGAGUGGCACGCCGGCCACUUUUUCUGCGCGCAGUGUGGCGAUCCGUUCGAUUCGAGCACGCCGUUUGUGGAAAAGGAUGGAUAUGCGUGUACCAAGUGCAAGAAGUGCCGCAAGCCGGUUACGGACACCGUGGUCAAGGCUCUUGGGGCCGAGUGGCAUGUUGGGUGCUUUUGCUGUGUGGAGUGCUCUGGUCCGUUUCAGGAUGGGAGGUAUUUCCUGCGCGGCGAGUCGCAGGAUCCGGUGUGUGUUAAGUGCGAGGAACGGAGGCUCAAGGCUUGA